AUGCCGGAGGAUUCUUCGUCGAUAGACUACGCGAUGGAGAAGGCAUCGGGGCCUCACUUCUCCGGUCUUCGCUUCGACGGCCUUCUCUCUUCUUCUCCACCCAAUUCCUCCGUCUCUUCUCCUUCUCACCUCCGAUCGGCUGUUUCUUCCUCUUCUUCUCCUGAUUUCUCCGAUCCCGAAGCUCCCAAACAGCCCUUCGUUAUCGGGGUUUCUGGUGGUACGGCUUCUGGUAAGACAACGGUCUGUGACAUGAUAAUCCAGCAACUUCAUGAUCAUCGUGUUGUUCUAGUUAAUCAGGAUUCCUUUUACCGUGGUUUGACAUCUGAAGAAUUGCAGCGUGUGCAAGAGUACAACUUUGAUCAUCCAGAUGCCUUUGACACCGAGCAGCUUUUGCAUUGUGCUGAGACUCUCAAGAGCGGGCAACCGUAUCAAGUUCCAAUCUACGACUUUAAGACUCAUCAACGUAGAUCUGAUACUUUCCGCCAGGUCAAUGCUUCUGAUGUUAUCAUUUUGGAAGGGAUUCUAGUUUUCCAUGACUCACGAGUUCGGAAUCUGAUGAAUAUGAAGAUCUUCGUUGACACAGAUGCUGAUGUGAGGCUUGCUCGCAGAAUCAGGCGUGACACAGUUGAGAGAGGCAGAGAUGUCAAUUCUGUGCUCGAACAGUAUGCAAAGUUUGUGAAGCCGGCAUUUGACGACUUUGUGCUUCCCUCCAAGAAAUAUGCUGACGUGAUCAUUCCUCGCGGAGGUGAUAAUCACGUCGCAGUUGAUUUGAUCACUCAACAUAUCCACACAAAACUUGGGCAGCAUGAUCUCUGCAAAAUCUACCCGAAUGUUUAUGUCAUCCAAUCAACAUUUCAGAUAAGAGGCAUGCAUACACUUAUUCGGGAGAAGGACAUAUCAAAGCAUGACUUUGUAUUUUAUUCAGAUCGACUCAUUCGUCUGGUCGUGGAGCAUGGUCUUGGUCAUUUGCCGUUCACUGAGAAACAAGUAGUUACUCCAACAGGAGCUGUGUAUACCGGUGUUGAUUUCUGCAAGAAACUUUGCGGGGUCUCAAUUAUUCGAAGUGGUGAAAGCAUGGAAAAUGCAUUACGCGCUUGCUGCAAAGGAAUUAAGAUAGGGAAGAUUCUUAUCCACCGUGAUGGGGACAAUGGAAAACAGCUUAUAUAUGAAAAGCUUCCUCACGACAUCUCUGAACGCCAUGUCCUGCUUCUAGACCCUGUCUUAGCUACAGGUAACUCUGCUAAUCAAGCCAUUGAGCUACUCAUACAGAAAGGAGUUCCUGAAUCUCACAUUAUAUUCCUGAAUCUUAUCUCGGCGCCGGAGGGAAUCCAUUGCGUCUGCAAACGUUUUCCGGCAUUGAAGAUAGUGACGUCUGAGAUAGACCAGUGUCUGAACCAAGAGUUCCGUGUUAUACCGGGCUUGGGAGAAUUUGGUGAUCGUUACUUUGGCACUGACGAGUAAAGCCUAAAUUUAUGACUAGACAUUAGAUGGAGUUGUAUGUCUUAGUUCUAAAUAACCUACACAAGUUUCUUGUGCUUGUGAUAUAUUUAUUUACUCUCUUAUGAUUUAUCAAGCUCUUGUUGCUUACUCAAUUACUAGAAAGUGAUCCCGCCUUGUACGGAUUUAAUAUUAUCUUUUU